UAGACCGGAAGUGGCCGUAUUCGCUAUGGCGGCCGCCUGUGGGAGAGCGCUGCUGCAGGGCGUCCGGCCCGUCCGGUGGUUUUCUUCCUCGACUUGUCGAAUGAGCAGCGACGGAAAGCCCACAAAAUUCCAGCCGCCCCCGAAGCCCGUCAUUAUUGACAAGCAGAAGCAGAGACAGGAGAGGAGGUUUUUGAGCCCUGAAUUUAUACCUCCCAGAGGAAGAACAGAUCCUCUGAAAUUCUAUAUGGAAAGAAAGGAUAUGAUACAGAGACGAAAAGUCUUCAACAUCCCCGAGUUCUAUGUUGGCAGUAUACUUGCUGUUACUACUGCAGAUCCGUAUGCUGAUGGCAAAACCAACCGGUUUGUGGGGAUCUGCAUUCAAAGAGGAGGAAGAGGGCUUGGUGCGACCUUUGUGCUUCGGAAUGUGAUCGAAGACCAAGGUGUUGAAAUUUGUUACGAACUGUACAGUCCUCGGAUCCAGGAAAUCACAGUUCUGAAGCUGGAAAAAAGGCUGGAUGACAACCUGAUGUACCUGAGAGAUGCCCUUCCUGAAUAUAGUACUUUUGAUAUGAAUAUGAAACCUGUGUCUCAUUUAGACCAUGAGGAAAUCCCUGUAAACAAGCUGCAGGUAAGAAUGAAACCUAAACCUUGGUCAAAACGGUGGGAAAGGCCAAAAUACAACAUAAAAGGAAUCAAGUUUGAGCUACCUGAGAAAACAAUGAAAGAAGCACAGAAGUGGAAGAAGCCCUGGCUGGAAUUUGAUAUGCUGCGAGAGUAUGAUACCUCAAAGAUAGAGGAAAAAAUAUGGAGGGAAGUGAGUGAAGAGCUGAGGAAGUAACAGCUUUGAGUUCGGUGAUCAAUUGUCAGUUCUCAAGUUUUGUAUGCAGAUCUCAGAUGUUCCAGUUUGUACUCUUCAAUGAACUCUUCAGCAAUACACAGAGCCUUGACUUUUACCAUCAGGAGAAUAACUUCUUCAGUUUCAUCACUAUUAAAAAAAAAGUUGAUAUAGCAGCACAUUCACACCUGACUUCAAAAUCAGUAAAGCUGAAGUCUAUUUAAAAGAGAGGCAGAGAAUUCUCCCCGGCUGUCACCUGGUGCUUUUAGCUACACUGACCACUAACUGCACCCAACAUCCAGAGCCUCAAACUAACCUGAACUAGUACUGUAAAAGCACUCCAUUUUACAUCAUGGAUUGCAUGUUUUGUAUGUAGAUGUUGGAAGUACAUCACUGAAAGGGUUAAAUUGGUGAGACUUGAGGAAUUUAAGAAUCGUAGAAUCAUUAAGGUUGAAAAGGAACACAAAGAUCAUUUAGUCCAACUGUCAACCCAUCAACACCAUGCCCACUGAACCACCACAUCCCUAUAAGAAAUAUUAGCAUGAAGUAUAUGAGGAAGUGCUGCAUCCCAAAGAAAGUGUGAUUUCUUACCUGUGGUUGUUCCUGUGGAGCACACGUGCACACUGAAGCAAAUGCUGGCAGAAGUUCUGUAACUCAGGGAGAGUUGAGCCACUUCCAAGAUUUUGGAACCACCUUUCUGGGAAGCACGCAGCCACCUGCUCACCCAGGCAGUAAGUUGGAAGGUUUAAAAAAAAGACUUUCAAUAAAACUAAGUCACACCA